GUAGUGUGUGUGUGUGUGUGUGUCUGCAGUGAUUGUGUGAGAGGAGAGAAGUGGCUCCUAUAGAGCCGGUUAUAAACUUUGGCAAAACACUGGAUUUGUAUAGAUCUAGGUCUGUAUCUCAUGUGGGUGAUUGCGUGGUGGAAAUAAGAGAGAGAGAGAGAGAGAGAGAGAGAGAGAGAGGAGUAUCAGUGUUUCCUUUCUCUGUGUGAAGUACUGGAAGUUAUCUUGUGGAGAGUGACGAGAAGUGACUUCAAUUCCGUGGAUUAGUUUGACAGAUCUAGCACCCAAUAUCAUGGGAAACAAAACGCACUUGACAGAUGUGGUGGUAUUAGUUGAAUUAAUCUCCUUGAGGACUCUUAAGACCUGAGUAAGCAUUUAAAAAAAAAAGAUCAUUCCAACAUUCACCAAGAUACCAAUUUCUUCAUUCCCCCGUUCACUCUGGUCCAGACAAGUGACAGGAUCAGAGAGCAUUAAGAAUGGUCAAAGCUAAACCAAAAUAAUUGGGUCAUGGCGCCCUAAUGUGAUAUUCAGUGUACAAGUUAACGCCCACCUCCCCCAAACCGCGGCCAGGUGUGUGUUUACUUUUACCUCGCACCAUGACCAAAGUCAGGACAAUAUUGGCAGAGUUCUGCUCACCUAAGGACAUACUCGCCAUCAACAGACUGGGACUCAUUAAGAAUGAUGACAGAGACACUCAACCUGUUCCUUGGAGGCAUAGAUUACCUAACUCAGAACGUCGUCACCUGGUAAUGAGUGAGAUGCGGACAGCCAUCCGGAACACCAACAGACUCAACCCCAAGGACAAGGAGAAGGCAGUGUCCACAGCACGAAAUGUCAAAUACUCAAAGAUGGGCGAGUGUAUAUUGAACGUGCACCUCCGAGAUGAGCCAGGUCUCAAGCCAUGCCUGGCUCGUAUCGGAAGAGAACAGACAAGGCGGGAACAGAGUCUGCAGCAGACAAAACAAAGAUUUCUUCAACAGUCUCAGUGUCUGACCAGAGAGCCGAUGAUAUUAGUCGAGCGUGCUCCCACAAUGGACACUGUCACCAGGGCUACCUUCAUGUCAUCCUUUGGGAUCGACCCUGUAGUAGCCCUACUGCCCAGCUAUAUGAGGCCACUUCGCUCCCGAAGCAAAACCCCAUCCACCCUGACAACCAUCGAGGCAUUCACCGCGGAGAGCAAGAAAAAGAAGAACGUCUGGGACGAGGCGCUGGAUGAGGCCCCCAAGUUCAAGAGCAUCGCCAAGCCCUCCACGCGGUUGACCCCUCAGGAGAUAGCCCAGCUUCAAGCAGGCCACCUUCAUCACAAACCCACGCCUCAAAAAUUGGCCGCUAAGGAGUUCAACAGACCUCAAGGGCUAUCACGUUCCAAGACGAUGGGUUCUGUGUUCAUAACCCAGCUACCACGCGACACGAGAACCAGCAAAUCUGAGGGCGAGGCGGCUGCUGUAACUACAUCAGAGAAGUCGAUAGUGACUUUUCAACAAAAGAACACAAAUCAAGAAAGAACAUAUUCGUCUGGAUAUUUAAAAACUAAAAAUAGGAUCAACCAAGCGCAACUCAACCACCCAGUGAUAUAAUAACAUUGGUGAUAUAUUUGUUACAAUUCUAAUUCGAUUAUAUGAGUUAAAGACAUGUGAUACAUACAUUUACAUAUAUUUAAAUAUUUUCUUUUAUAAAAGGCAGCUUUCAUCCACCAUUUUUAAGUCUCCAUUCACUAAGGCUCACUCUCUUGUAGCAAGGUCCAGGUAUCUGGCAGUGUCCUUCUGGGUUUUCCUGUCACUGUCCAGGGCAAGACCUCGGGAUGCAUCAGUUCUAAAGGAUGUAGCAGUUCUAACGUUCUCAAGACUUGUAUCUCUUUCAAAUCGUCUCUAAGCACUUUGCAAUCGUUGAAGAUGUGCUCUACUGUCGCCUUGCUGUCCUUAGAGCAAUGUUGACAUAUGGGAUGCUGGGAUCGAAGUUGUCUCGGAUCCUAUCGAAGUGGGCUCUUUUUGGACAGUGUCAUUUGGAGAAAACCUUCCAAACUUUAUUGAUCCUUUCUGUUUAGCUGCCACCAGAUAAUAGCUACUUCUAGACUUCCCGUCCAGUGACACAAUGGUUUCAAAUAUUCACUCAGCACCCGCAUAUUUGUUUUUCAUAUUUUUUUAAAUACCUCCAUUCAAUCUAGAACUUCACGGAACCUUCCAAAAAUCUGGAUCCAGAAACCUGGACAGCUGAUCUCAAGAACGCCUCUAACAAUGUUCUUAGAAUUGUAAUAAUUGAUGUAUAUCGCUGAGAAAAGAAUUACUAGCUCGUUAGCCACAAGGGAAAAACAAAUCUAGUUUGACCGUGAUAAUUUUUCAAAGUAAAAAACAAAUAAAAGUAAAUUUGGUUGGAUAAUUUUAUCUAGGUCUAGAGCCAACAUGGCGUAGCUAUCAGUGUUACCGUAGUUAUGCCAUAACUGAGUCAAUUGAAAGUUGUUUCAAGUUUAUUGAAGUCUAUAAGCGUUGCUCAUAGUUUGAUGUCAAUCUAAUAACAAUCACAUUUAGAUUCUAGAUCUAGAAGAAGAUAUAGACUAGAUCUUAAAAGUUCCCUAUUAGAACAUCAGGUCUAGUGUUAGCACUAGAUGUCCAUAUAAUGAACUGACCACUAAAUAAUCCCACACCAGUUUGACCUUGCUCAAUGGCCGAGUCAAGAAAUGUGUUUGUUCUAGCAGCUGACAGAGCUCCAAGAGACGGAAAACAUUUUUGUUUAUUAUUUUUGUUUAUUAUUUAAUUAGAGUUGAAGUUUAAUAAUGGUGGUAUUUGUCUUGUUAUAUAUUCUGUAAAUGUUGUUCUUGCUUCGGACAUUGAUCACAUUGAGAUUGUCAUACAGGGGACAAUACAACGAUGAAGACUUUUGAUUGGUGCAGUCCUGACUCAAUGUCUUACAAUAUCUACUUCACAAAGGUUGAGACAAUGUUUAUCAUACUUAUAUACAGUAAGAAUAGAUGUCAUCUUGAGUGCGUAUUUUUUUCACUAUCAAAUCUCUAUUUUAAAAAAAGUAAAUAGUCAAAGGUCAAAGGUAACAGGUGUUUAUUUUUUGGUAUUAUCCAGCUCUCAAUAAACUGUGGGUGAAAACGACA